AUGUACCUCGCCGCCUAUGUACUCCGAUACACAGUUGUCGCUCCCGGCACAAUACAUGCAGACAGGCAAUACAAUGUUGCUGUCGCUCUUCACCAAGCCACUGAACCGGCUACGCUGAAGAUCACUCUUGCGGGCCCAGAGUACAAUGACGCUAAAACCGUAGAGCUACAACCGCAUGAAGUGAAGCAGAUUAUCUUCGAUGUGCCCAUUCUACGCGAGGGCGAUUUCAAUAUCACUGCCGAGGGUGUAGCUGGCGUGAUCUUCAAGAAUUCGACAAAACUCAAUCGCAACGUCUUUCAGACACACACAAAGAUACAAACAGAUAAAGGAAAGUAUAAGCCUGGCGAUUUGGUUAACUUUCGUGUCAUUUUCUUGGAUGAAAAUCUGAGGCCAAGUGGUCCGUCGUCCAAAAGUGUGAUCUGGUUUGAGGAUGGCAAGCGCAAUCGCAUCAAGGAAUUUAAAAACAUUACUGUCGUCAACGGUGUUUAUACGGGCAAAUUUCAGAUUUCCGAAUAUCCCGUUUUGGGUAAAUGGCGCUUGGCCAUCGAUAACGGUGGUUGGCGUAGAACGAUCGUUAGCUUCGAUGUGGAAAAAUAUGUUUUGCCCAAAUAUAAGGUCAGCGUUGAUGCCACCUCGCAAGUGUCGGUGAAGGACGGAGAUAUGCAGGUGGUGGUGAGAGCAAAUUACACUUACGGCAAACCAGUAAACGCUAAAGUUACGCUAAUCCUCAGCUUAGAUAGCUUUUAUCAUUUCAACAACAAUGAUAAGACCAGAUCCACGCCUACACAAAUAAUUAAGACCACCGAUAUGGUAAAUGGUAAGGCCAAAUUUGAUCUCAGCGUCAAACAGUACAAAGACAGUUUCCUGGACUUCAGAACUGCACCGCUUGAUAUAACCGCAACGGUUGAAGAAAAUUUCACCGGUGUCAAAAUCAAUGGCUCAACACGUGCAACACUCCAUAGAGACCGUUACCACAUUAGUUGCACGAGUUACGUAGAAUGCAACAACUUCAAAGCGGACGAGGAAGUGGAAAUGUCAUUCCGUGUACUGCUCGUCGAUGGAACUACUUUGAAGGAUACAAAUACACCCGUGCGAUUGCGUUAUAUCGAAACACUUGACAAGUAUUAUUACAAAGAUGAUGCACUACCCGAACCCAAAAUAGAGCAUCAAGUGCUGGAGUUCGAGAGUAAAUUGAAUGUCAACAGUACAGCGGUUUUCAAGGUGAAGUUGCCAGAUCUGGAAGUAUUCAAAGGCUACGCGCACUACUUUAAAGUACAAGUACUGUUUAAGGAUGAGAUACACAAUGUGACCAGCUCCUACCAGAAGCGGGCGCCAAACGUUACAGAUCAGAAAGAAACAAAGGAACCUGAGAACCCUAAGCCGUACUUUACGACGCAUUUGGAAUACCCAAAAGGACGGCACGCUUUCAACGCCGACGAGCAAAUCAUUGUGACUAUCAACUCCAGUGCGCCUUUGAGCUAUUUUGAUUACAACAUCGUCGGUCGUGGCAAUAUCUUAGUUAGUGAGCGCGUUUUUGUGCCCAACAAGGCUAAAACCUAUGAUUUGACCUUGACACCAACAUUUAUGUGGAUGCCAUAUGCGCGAUUUUAUGCCUAUUUCAUUGAUGAACUGGGGGAAUUUCAUUACGACGAGACGAUUUUCAAUAUCAAAGUUGAAAUGCAAAACAAGUUGGAAAUCUCUGCGCCAGCUCAAGUGAAACCUGGGGCAGACGUCGCUCUUCACAUCAAAACUACUCCCAAUUCCUUCGUUGGCUUGCUCGCCGUUGAUCAGAGUGUUCUUCUCUUGGGUCGCAACAACGAUGUCUCACAGAAUGAUUUCAAUUGGCGUCUAACUUCGUAUUCAACUUUUACCCCUUGGCAAGGUGGCUACUCGCGUUAUCCGGGUGGACAUACUGGCGUUGUGACAUUAACCAAUGCCAAUUACUUCUACAACUACACGGCGCCCCAUACAUCUAUCGGAGACUUGGACAACCGUUUUCAAGAUCUCACCGCUCUACGCGUACCAGAGGGCUCUGUAUCACUCGUAGCUAAGCCAGCUUCCGCGUCCCCUGUGGCCCAAAGCUCAACUGCAAACAAGGAUAUUGCGGUUCGAACAGAUUUUUCAGAGACAUGGAUUUUUGCCGAUAUUGAACACACCGAAACGGCAGAAUUCACAUGGACUAAGAAAAUCCCUGACACCAUAACUUCAUGGGUCGUGUCUGGUUUCGCGCUACACGCGGAGAAAGGACUUGGUGUAACUACCCAUACAACCGACAUUGUGACAUUUCAGCCAUUCUUUAUAUCAAUCAGAUUGCCGUACUCAGUGAAGAGAGGUGAGGUCAUUAACAUACCAGCUCUAGUCUUCAACUACCUUGACAAGGAUCUGGACGUUGAAAUAACACUCGACAAUACAGAUGGCGAGUACGAGUUCACCGAAAUCUCCAAUGAGGUCAUCAGCGAACCCAAACGCGUAAAAAUCGUGCGUGUGCCCGCACAGUCCUCAGCAGGGGUGGCAUUUAUGUUGCGCCCCAAAAUAAUUGGCAACAUUAUGUUGAAGUAUACAGCCAUAUCGCCACUUGCAGGAGAUGCUAUACAUAAAAUGCUGAAAGUAGUUCCCGAGGGUGUGACAGAGUUUGCCAAUCGCGCUUUCUUUAUAAAUCUAAAAGAAGCGCCAGAGUUUCAACAAAAAUUCGACUUGGUGCUACCGGCAGAUGUUGUGCCCGACUCAGAGCAUAUUGAAGUUUCUGUGAUCGGUGACUUACUAGGACCACUUCUUAAUAAUCUCGAUCGAUUAUUGCGCAUGCCAAGUGGCUGUGCUGAACAAACCAUGUCGACGUUGAUGCCAAACUAUUUGGUAUUGAAGUAUCUGAAGAACAUCAACAAGUUAACGCCAGCUUUGGAAACCAGAAUUCUACAGCACCUGGAAAUGGGCUAUCAACGCAUGCUGGGCUUUAGUUUGAAUGAUGGCUCCUUUAUUGCUUUCCGUGCCAAGGAUCAGCAUGAGAAUGGCUCGGUUUGGCUUACGGCAUACGUUGCGCGUUCGCUACAUCAACUGCAAGAAUUCAUAAAAGUAGAUGAUGCAGCAUUAGACAAGAGCUUAGACUAUCUGGCUAAACGCCAAGCGACCAAUGGGAGCUUUGUAGAGAUAAACCAAUUUCUCUUCGGUGCAGAGCGUCAGCAUGGCGUACCGUUAACGGCACAUGUGCUGUUGGCCUUCCUAGAAAACAAGCAAUUCGCUACGAAGUAUCAAACUAACAUCGACAAUGCAUUCAAAUUUAUUCUGGAGAACAUCGAGAAGACUGAUAGCAUUUACGCCAAAGCACUAACGGCUUAUACCCUACAGAGGGCCAAUCAUCCCUUGGCUGCAAAACAUCUUAGCUUAUUACAGUCAGCUGCGAAAUCGACUGAAGAUCGCAGGUGGUGGUCGGCUGUUGAAUAUCAACCAAGGCAGUGGUGGCGUUGGACUCCUAACGGUGAUGUAGAGAUCACUUCGUAUGUGCUCUUGACCCUACUUGACAAAAAUGUUGGAAGUAUUGAAGAUUUGCUGCCCAUUGUUAAGUGGUUGGUGGCACAACGUAAUAGCUAUGGUGGUUUCAUUUCUACCCAAGACACUGUGGUGGGAUUGCACGCCUUAAUUGAGUUCGCAGAGAAGGCGCAGUAUGAACCAGGCUUAAUGGAUAUUGAAGUGAUGGCGAAGGGUGGUGCAGAGCGCACGGAAAGUAUCAAGGUAACCGAGGAUAAUGGGCUGCUCCUACAAAGUGUGGAGCUACCACAAAAAACUCUUUCAGUGGAUUUCAAUGCGAAAGGUAAAGGCGCCGCCUUAGUACAAAUCGCCUAUCAAUACAAUGUCGUCGAGAAGGAUCCCAAACCAAGUUUCAACAUCCAAACCGUUAUCAAAAAGGAUACGCCAGUCUUGAAGUUGGAAAUGGAAGUGUGUCUUGAAUAUGUCGGCGAGGGAGAAGCUUCCAACAUGGCGCUUUUGGAAGUCACACUUCCUUCCGGAUUUGUGGCCGAUGUGGACACUUUCGAGUAUAUUGAGUCCGUGCCACACGUUAGACAAGUGGAGAGCCAAAAAUCGGACACCUUAAUUGUCAUCUACUUUGAAAGUUUAUCGAAAGGUGCACCGCAGUGCUUGCCAAUCGAGGCUUUGCGCCAAUAUGCCGUCGCACGCCAGAAACCGGCCUCAAUUGUGCUGUACGACUACUAUGACACGUUGAAGAGAGCGACCGCCUACUACGAAGUUACUUCGAAGAUGUGCGAUAUUUGUGAAGAUGAUGAGGAAUGCAAGAAAGCCUGUCAGUGAAGUGGUUUUCAAAUAGAAAUCCAUGUACGCGCUUAAAA